AUGGCCGGAAAACUCGACACCGAAUUGUUGUCCAAAUUUCUGGAUCAGUUGCAAAAAAUGAUAGAUUCACGAGAGGAAAUGAUUAAGUGGCUACAAGACUUUAUUGAGGACAUCAAAACGCAAGAAAUAGCAAUAAAUGGAGCAAAGACAGGUGGAGCGGUGUUGGGUGCGGUAUCUUUUGUUGGCCUCUUCACUCCAGCUGCACCCCUUGCUCUUGCUGGCUUGAUCGGAGCCGGAGCCACUGGUGUUGCUACUACGAUUGGCGACUUUAUUGCCAACAAGGUAAAAGGAGGAAAUCUUGAAGCUAAAGUCGAAGAAAUGAAAGCCCAAGAUUCUGAGUUGGAAAAGUUACAAAAGGAGCUCAAUGCACAAGCUGAAAUACUUGCACAGGUAAUUAAGAUAAUGCUACCGUGAAGUUAAGUUUAAAGAUAACACCGAGGUUAGCAAAUAAUUUAACACUUUGGGUCUCCUGGCCUUAUGACGAUCGCAUCUCAAACAGGAUAUGAUUUAGCAAAAAGAAGACAAAAUGUUUAAAAGCCAAAAAGAUGGUUAUUAAAGGAAGUAGACAAAUUAUUCUCAAUGGUGAGACUAAAGAGUUGAUGGUUGACGCAUAUUCACCAAAGUGGAGGUGGCUAGCUGGCUAGUUUACUAUUAUUCACCGAAGUAAAGGUAAAUAGUGGGAGAUAUUUACCGAGCCGCUAAGUGGCGAGGUAAUUAUCCACCACUUUCACCAAGACUGGGGGGAACAAUUGUUUUAGUAUUUUCCACACAGAAACCGAAAAAAUCUAGUUUAUUUCUAUCAAUAUACCGAAAUAUGGUCGGAAAUGAAACUCUCAAGGCGCGAUUUUGUCUCAUCAGCUGCUUGGAGGUGAAUAGGGUUAGGCAAUCAGUGGGCGCAUAAAGCAAAACUUACUUGUGUGGUAUAUACCAAUGGUGGAUAUCUACCAAGCCGCGAAGCGGCGAGGCAAAUAUCCACCACUAGCUACCGAAACUGAGGUGGAUAGCUGUUUUAGCAUAUGCUAAAACAUUGAGAAAAUGUUGAUUUUUUUGCUUAGAGAUUGGAUAUCUCCAAAGACGACGCAAUCCUUUUCCUUUUGGUUGGUGUUCCCAAAAUGGCUGCUCAAGCUGGUGUUCAAGUCGUGCGAGGUUUCGUCGAUAUUGUCAAAAUUCUUCCACACUUAAAUGCCAUAAAAGAUGCCAUGAGACUGGGGGCCUCAUUACCACAAGCAUUGGCGCUGAGUAACACAGUGUUUCAGGGCGGUAGAUUAUCAGUUAUGGCCGGCGCAGAGGGUGCAGCAAUGGCUGGAACAACACUGGCAGUCACCGCACUUACAAAAGCCCUUGGUGGUUUGGGUGCCGUGAUUGGGAUUGCUGAUGCCAUUAUCAGUUGGAGCAGCACAAAUCCGAACCGAAAAUCAGCCGAGGAUUUGUUGCCAAAGUUAGAGGAAAACCUGAAGUCCCUCGAAGAAACCAAAGUGAAGUUUGAAAAAAUGAAGAUGAUGGAGACUUGA